AUGGAUAUGAGUUUAGACGGUAGGGGCAUUUCCAACGCUGAGCCCGGCACUCCAUGGACUUUAAGGGGAACCCAAAUGCGAAAGGCAAAAGCGGGCGUGAGAGGGACACACUCCUCGGCAGUGUCAGGUGGUGGUAGGGCAGACCACCCGCCGUCGACAUCCUGUAAGUACCAGGAGCUUGGUGUAGGCAACUUGGCCCCAGCUCUAGAUAAUUCAUCGGGAAAGGCACCACAGGUAGGCGACCUGGCCUACAGUAUGACGAAAACGCAUGGAAGGGUAAAAUAUGACAAUGGCCACUUGGACGUGUGGCGGAAAGCUGCCAGAGCCGUUGAUGGCUUUCAGCUUUCCGGCUUUACCGCACCUAUCCAGCCUGCCAAGGGGACAACCCAAGAUGGAGAGAACGUGGUCGGAGAUAUCCACCAGCGCAUCAAGACAAGCGCCGCAGGGGUAGACGUUAGAUCGGUCCGGCAGACCAGAACCGGAGGGGUUCUCCUUGGACUAAAGAAGACCACUGCGGAUAUCAGGGCCUCAUUCGCAGAAACCCUGAGAAAAGAAGGAGAAGAAACGAGCAGCAUCACGGAACUGGUCCCUAAAGCUACGCUGGAGAUACGGGACUGUGACUGCUGCACCUCUUCGAUAGAAGUCGAGGAGGUCCUAAAGAGGAACUUGCCAGGCUACGCGGGGAAAAUCGAAAUUAAGAUGACGAACCCCAACACAAGAGAACAACGCCUGACCAUCCUCAAAAUAGUAGAGGAAGCAGUUGCGAAGCUUUUAAAGGCCGGCCGAGUGCUGGUCGGUUUCGUCAGCUGCAGGGUCAGGCGAAGGGAAGAAUUGAGGCGAUGCUUCCGCUGUCUCGACUAUGGUCACUAUAGUGACUCGUGCGACGGACCUGAUCGAAAUAAGUCUUGCUAUUCCUGCGGCGGCAUGGGGUACAAGAUCAAAGGGUGCAAGGUCAGCGAGCCUACGUGCUUCUUGUGCUCAAAUGGCAUUGUUGAAACUAGGAAGCACCAGGCGGGAUCAAAGCCCUGCAAAGCUUUCCAGGAGACCCUUGCAACACCAAAGAAUUAG